GCGAUCCGAUUAUUUUCAUUAAACUCCCUCUUCCUGCAGGCCGCAGCACCUCUACUGCCUACUGCUCAGUUCCGCCACGGUCGCCCGGCCGCCGAUCGUGUCGCGCUUCACCCGCGCCCCAUUUUCGGAAUAGGUUUUGAGCUGUGCUUUGCGCCGAGAUCGUCAACGUCUCUUUCGUGUGUUGCUCCGCUGACCAGUUUGAGGCCUGGGAGUUGUUGUGAUCGUUUGCGGAACCUUGCAGUCUAUACUGAGGUAGUCAACGCGUGCGCAGCUGGUGUUUGAUGAAAUGCCCAAGUGAAUGCAAGUGGGAAGCGGGCAUCUCCACUUACAUUGGCAUGUUUGGCAGGAUCUCUUGCCCAGAAAGUAGCAGCCUAGCAGGCUAGCAGCUGCUUGCUGGUUGGGUUUUGCACUGAGAUCACAAUGCGGUGUGGCUGGCGACUGGCGUAUACGCAGAAGAAUAGCUCAUUUCCUUAUAAAUUUCUACACGGGUACAAAGAUGCACUUAUGGAGGUCCAGGCUUUAAGAGUUAACUGCAGUGCUGAGUCCAAGAAGCGUGAAGCGCUUGAAUCUCAUAUUGCAGAUCUUAAGAGCGAUAAUGAGCGAUUAAGAAGACUGUACACAGAAACUCUGUUCAAGUUCACCAACCAGGUGAAAUUUCAUGUAGAAGCUCAAAGCCUGAAGGAAGAACUGGAAAAGACAAAUAGUAAAUUGAUAUCAAUGGAAGAGGAGCAUAAGAGGGAAGUUGAGCAACUUAGGCACAACAAUGAAAUAAAUAGCAAUGCCCUGGAGAAUGAGCUCAGCCAUGCCCUUGUUCAGCAAGCAACAGAUGAAGCUGCGAUGAAGCAACUGAAGUUGGAGCUGGGUGCUCAUAAAGCUCAUAUCAACAUGUUAAGUAGCAGGUUGGAGCAGGUUACUGCCGAUGUGCAUGCACAAUAUAAAAAUGAGAUCCAGGAUUUGAGGGAUGUGAUUGCUGUUGAACAGGAGGAGAAGAAGGACAUGCACAGGAAGCUUCAGAAUGCAGAAAACGAGUCGAGGGUCAUGAGGAUGAGGCAGGCCGAGCAGCAGAGGGACUCCGUGUCGGUCCAGCAUGUGGAGACACUGAAGCAGAAGGUGAUGAAGCUCCGGAAGGAGAACGAGUCCCUCAAGAGGAGGCUGGCGAGCUCUGAAGCCUGAACUGCUGCUCUGCUCGUUCCCCAUGUACAUAUCUCAAUUUCCAUACUACAAGUAUUAGGCAAUCAGGCACUGAGAUUCUCAGGCGCACACCCAGGAGGCCAGGACAGAAACACGAGCACCAUGCAAUUGUUCUUCGUUUCCUCUUUCAUGUUUUCUCAUCCCGUGGAUCCGUGGAUGUCCAAACGCUGCGUCGACGGUUCAUAACACGUGUGCGUGUUGCAAUGCUCACAAAUUUUUCUGCA